ACACGAUCGUGACAAUCGUGACAACCGUUCGACGAUGGAUCACGAUCGAGAAUAGAAACGGAAUCGAACGAUCGUGACGACUCUCGAUAAUGUCGACGACCAAUUCGAGACACUUUCUGCUGCUAGAUACCGACCUGUCGAUGGCCGUCGCGUAUCAUCGUGAGCAUCCAUGCCUGUUCGAAUUGGUGACCCAAAAGAAAUUGUUCCUGGAAUGCCGCGUUAGACCAACGAACUGCAAGAUCAAGUAGAAUCGAAAUUGAUGCCGCAACUUCGUCAGGAGGUUUGAACUGUGGAGGCUUUUUUUGCAGUCCGGAGCUCGGUGAAAGUGUUCAGGAUUAUCUGAGAGGAGCGAAUCGUGUUCAGAUCACGGAGCCAGGAAGCUCAAUUUUCACGUAUUCUGAUCUCUACCAUGCAACCGUUCUCGAGCGGCAACGCGAUGGCGACCGAAACACCGACCAGCCUCCCACCGGAGAGAGUCACCUCACCGGCACCGUGCAAGAACUUGACCUUCUCGAUCGCGAAAAUCAUGGAGCCGGACAAACGUCUGACCGAGCAGAGCAACAAUCAGCAAACGACGACGACGACGACGACGGCGACGACGACGCCGCCGCAACCACCGCCGCCGCCGCCGCCGCCCGCCAUCCCCUCGUUAAAUUAUUCGGCCCACUUGGAAUCAGCGUUCAAGAAGUACGUGCCAACGUUGAGGCAACAGAAUCUGCUGCAACCGUACUCCCUUCUCUAUUAUCAUCCCAACUCGCUGCUGAGUGCCUUCCCAGCUCCGCCACCCGCCACCCCUGCCGCGGUCCCACAGAAUUCACCGCCCCCCAUCACCAUUCAAAAAGCUUUCUCGAAGAUGAGCCUGGCAGCGAUCUCGCCGAGCGAGGGCCAGCGUGAAAAGAAGAGCCCCGGACCACGGAGUAACGAACUCAGCACAACGAACAAACAGAAGACAUUCACCUGCCCUGAAUGCGGCAAGGUGUUCAACGCCCACUACAAUCUGACCAGACACAUGCCCGUCCACACGGGGGCGCGGCCGUUCGUCUGCAAGAUAUGCGGGAAAGGGUUUCGCCAAGCGAGCACUCUGUGCAGGCACAAGAUCAUCCACACGGCGGAGAAGCCGCACAAGUGUCCGACCUGCGGCAAAGCUUUCAACCGAAGCUCGACCUUGAACACGCACAGGCGCAUCCACGCCAACUACAAACCGUUCGUGUGCGAGUACUGCGGCAAGGGGUUCCAUCAGAAGGGUAACUACAAGAAUCACAAGUUGACGCACAGCGGCGAAAAGGCGUACAAGUGCAACAUUUGCAACAAGGCGUUCCACCAGAUUUACAACCUCACCUUCCACAUGCACACCCACAACGACAAGAAGCCCUUCUCCUGCAAAAUCUGCGGCAAGGGAUUCUGCAGGAACUUCGAUCUCAAGAAGCACAUGAGAAAAUUGCACGACAGCGGAUCACCCGUGUUGAACGGCCUAGGUACUUCGGCCCAGGGUCACAAUCAACAAUCCGGUUACACGUCCGUCCACCACGGACCCGGUGCCCACUCGUUCGUCAGUCCUUUCCUGCUCCCGCCACCAGGCACCACCACUUACUUGAGCAAAAUGUUGUGACAAGGCGACGGUAUUCAUUAUCCGAGAAAGACGCAGUGCCCUUUGAUCCUUGGCCCGCCUUGUUACACGGGGGACAUCGGCCAGUUGACGCAACCCUCGAAAUGAAGGGGCGGCGAGGAAAG